UCGGACUAAGUAUUUAUCUCUUCGUUUCAAUUAUCAAUAUUUAUCAGUGUCAUCAAUUUAUAAUUUGUACGUCGUAAAUGUAAACAGUGACAAGUGCAUAAUCAUUGAUUCGUUUACCCAACGGGCCUGCUCAACUUCAUUAACAACCAUCUCUGUGUGUGUCCUCAUUUCUAAAGCUGAAGGUUAAGAUAGCGCUAUCGUGCAAAAGUAUCCCUAGUUUGGUUGACGUUGUUGUCAAUAAAAAGUGUUUUACUCGAAAGAAGAAAAAACACGUGCUUACGUAAGAAAAGUUGUGCAAGGGAAGAUGUGACUCGACCCGGUGACAUAAAGAAGAAUAGGAAAACAAAGUCUGGGCGAGAUGUCAGAGCCCUCGGAACAUCAGUUGUUCGACGUCGAGGAGGACGAUGACAACGACGCGCAAAUUGAGUUUGAAAUCUUGGAAAUUGAUGAACCCCGUGAGUCCAACGAGACGCAAGAAGUCACGGUCAAGGUGAUGUUCGACGAGUCUCCGGAUAACCAUCAGAGCGUGGUCACGAUGGACGUGACGAGUGACAUCGACUUGUCCGACAUCGUCCAGGCCGCUGCAAGUGCUGCAAUCAAGGAUAAAGACUGUAAUCAUUACAUAUUAGACUUAGAGUGUAAGUCAGACCUACAGUGUAAUCAUGACUAUGUUGUCAAAAUCAAAAAAGACAGUGAACAUUGUAGAGGAACAUUAAAUGAGGCACUAAAUAAUUCACAGGCAUCCACCAAAGUAAAUUAUCUUAGUUUAUCUGAUAAAGAAAAUGAAUCAGAUACAACAUAUGAACAAAGCAAAAGCAAUAUCGUCAGAGCUCCUAGUGUGGAAAGUAUACGAAGUUCUAGAUCAAAUUCACCUGCUCUUGGGGAAAAUGAUUAUGAAACAUCAACAAACACAGUCCAGUUAAAUAACAGCUCCCCUAUUGGAAAUAAAUCAAAAAAACGUAGCCAAUCAAAUAUAUUAGCAAUUUACCCACCACCACCAGAAAAAGGUGGAAUAGCUAUCAACUUGAAUGAUUAUCAGUGUCUUGGAAAUGAUGAGUUUCUCAAUGAUGUGAUCAUUGAUUUUUAUCUAUCCUACUUGACACACGAGGUUCUAUCUCCAGCUAAUAGACAAAGAACACACGUUUUUAGUUCUCAUUUUUAUACACGUUUUGCUAAACCGUAUCAGAAUGAUGAUAGUUCUAAUUAUGCAAGUGAAGAUGAGAGGCGGCAUGCUGGCGUGCAAAGAUGGACGAAAAAUGUUGAUAUUUUUGAUAAAGAUUUUAUUAUCGUUCCAGUGAAUGAAAACCUACACUGGUACUUGGUAAUUAUUUGUUUUCCUUAUUUAGUUGUUGAUAAUGAUAAUGAUGAUGAUGAUGAAGUACCUGCUUUCGAAAAUGUAAAUGCAAUAUUGAUUAAACAAAGGCCCUGUAUUUUAGUAUUUGACUCAUUGUAUUCAAAUAAAACAGCGGUGGUAAAUAAAUUGCGAGGGUACUUGACUUGCGAAUAUCUGGCCAAAAAAGGUGAAAAAAAAUUAUUUUCACCGUCAAAUUUAAGACUUGUAAGGCCUAAGAUACCGAAGCAGUCUAAUGCAACAGACUGUGGAUUGUAUGUGCUACAAUACGUAGAGAACUUUUUCAAAGUCCCAAUUGAGGAUUAUACAGAACCACGUAUUGACUUACGCGACUGGUUUACUGAAGAAAUCAUUGACCACAAGCGGGAAGAUAUUGCAAACUUAAUUGGCAAGUUGGCCACAGACUUUCAUAAAGGUGAAAGUAUCGAGUUACCAAGCAUUGAAUUUCAAAAGAAAAAAUGUCUGGUGGACUACAGAAUUGAGUCAGAUGACAAUGAAGAGAUGACUUGGAUAACAAAGAAAAAUCACGUAGCCAUGCCGAACUACGAGGAUACAAAAGUCUUUGGAAAAAAAAAGAAAUCCUCCAAGUUGAGACUAUUUGAUAGUGAAUCAUCUUCGGACGAAGAAUCUGUGCCACUUCACCUGAAACCGUCAGACGAUUCAACAGUUCAGGAAAAUAAAUUGCCUUCAUUAGACACUAAAUCUUUUUUUAUUCGCAAUAAAAACUCCCCCCUAAGUGUGAAGACCUUAUUUUUGGGCUCACAAAAGACUACUCCAUGUUAUGCAAACAGUAGUAAUUCUCCAUUGAUGGAUGAACCACCUUUAAAGCACAAGACGUCUGAGCAAGUAAAUUGUGGAUCACCACCAUACUGCCUUCCCAGUAAUACAUUGAAGAAGGGUAAAAAGUUAUACAAGGCACACAACAAAACAGUAGAUUUAGAAGAAGCAUCAGGAAGUCCUGUCAAAAGAAACAGAAUUUUUUCAACGCCAGCUACUCAACAGUCAAGAGCGCAAAAAAUUAUGAAAUUGGCAUUACCUUCUUAUGCAAUACCUAACGUGUCGGAUCCAUUCUAUUCUAUAUCAAUUUCCACUGAUAACAGAAUAGCUGGUCCAAAACUGUUGGGUUCGUUUAAAAUAAAGAAACUGUAGUUAUUUGCGAAAUAAAUUAUUUUUAGUAGUAACAAAAUCUAAUUAAUUAGUAUUAAAAAAAAAAAAAAAAAUUGUUUUGAUAAAAAAAAGAUUUAUAAAAUGCGUGCAUUCUAAGUUAUUAGACUUAAAGUUUGUUUUCUUAUGUAUACUUACACGUCCAUUACUUUGUACUACUGAACAAUGUUACUGUCUUUUUAUAAUGUGAUAUUGUCAUUAUUAAAUUCGGUUUGUUAAUCGUUAAGUAUUUAUGAAUAAUUAUUUAUGUUUGAUUUACAAAGUGACUUAUUUUGAUAAACACUACUUGUACAAAAAAAAUAGGCAUAAUAAAAUAUUCACAAAUUGCGCUAAAUUAAUUGCUAUAAGGAAGCUUUGAAAUAUAUAUUCUAUGAUUUGUUAUCACCUAACUUCAGAAAUUUCCUAUACAUGAACAAACAAGGAAAAAAAGAUUUUGAAGAAGGGAUCUUUAAAUGUCGUAAAUGUAACACUCAUUGAUAAUGUACGUAAAUAUAUUUUUUUAAGCAAGCCAAA